GACCUCCUGAGCAACAUUGUAAAGGGACUCGUGUGGAAACACUGGCAGUGCCAUUCAGUCUCAGACUCGCGAAAGCCUGAGGAUGAAUCACAGAAAUCACACCAUUCAGACAUUGUCAACACCAUCCACGCUCAUGCAGCGCAGGCAAGGUCGAUAUAGCAAGUGCGACGCCUGUCUUUGGUGUGAUCCUCUUUCGACGGUUCUCUUAGCGCGUCCUUGCCCGGAGCUUGACAUAUUUCCCUAUAUCAUGUCAUAGUCUCAUCCAUUCGUGCGCAACCCCUCCAUAAUGUUGCUCUCUCUCGCACUUGUGGUCAUUCUCACCUCUCCGGCUCUGUCUACGACCAUCGCAGAAAUCCAGGGUCACGCCUUCCAGAGUCUGUAUGCUGGCGAGAAAGUAACACACCUCACGGGGACGGUUGUUGCCAUCUCGAAAUCUGGUUUCUACCUUGCCGGCCAUCCUGUCAAAGACGAGCGCGUCUCUACGGGUCUCUUCGUCCGCUCAUCCGCUUCCGUCUCCCUCGGUGACUCUCUGUCCCUUUCUGGCACAGUCUCUGAAUACCGCUCCUCCAGAAACGAUCUUUCCUCGACAGAACUCAUCUCUCCGUCCUCCAUCCUCGUGACAUCCUCAGCUAACACAAUCGCGCCAAUCCUCCUCGGACAGGAUCGCUCCCCUCCUCAGGGUCAGCUGUCCGCCCUCGACGUCGUUGCUGGCCCCGAUGCAUGGCUUAGUGUACCCAAUAAUGUAUCGCAAGUAGAUGCAGGAAAUGAAUCUCUCAAGCCUCAGACAUAUGGCCUUGACUUUUGGGAGAGCAUUGAGGGGAUGCUCGUCACCGUGCCGUCUCCAGUCGCCAUCGGUUUCAACGACAAUUAUGGCGAGUUUUGGGUACAUGGCGCUUGGAAUGUGACUGGCAAAAACUCAAGGGGCGGGUUGACCAUGGUUUUGGACUUGGAUGGUUUGCCAGAUGCCAAUCCUGAGAUGGUUAUCAUUGGCAGACCACUUGAUGAUACGACCAAUCCAACUGUCGCAAUGGGUACGACGUUGACAGAUAUCACCGGGGUAGUUCACUUCCAGUACGGGUAUUUCUACAUCCUUCCGCUGACAGCACCCAGUGUCAUAUCUUCUCCCACUUCGGCAGCGCCUCCGACUACCAUUAGCUCAAGCUUCGACUCCUGUAUCAUCACUAUCGGAGACUAUAACGUCGAGAACAUGGCCCCUACCUCUUCCCACAUGUCCGCCGUCGCCUCUCAUAUCGUCUCUCACCUUCUUUCCCCCGACCUCCUCUUCCUCCAGGAAAUUCAAGACGACUCGGGCUCAACUAACAACGGCAUCGUCAGCGCCAAUACCACUUUAAGCAAUAUCGUCAACGCAAUCAUGGACAUGGGCGGUGUGGCGUAUGCGUGGGUGGAUGUGGACCCUUUGAACAAUAUGGAUGGAGGGGAGAAGGGGGGAAAUAUCAGGCAGGCAUAUUUAUAUAAUCCAGACAAGCUCGACCUUGUUCCCGGUUCACCCACUGGAAAUGCAACGGAGGCAACAGCUGUGGUAAGCGAUGGGAGUGGUGGAUACACUUUAAGCUAUAACCCUGGGCGGAUCGACCCCACCAAUGCCGCUUGGAAAGAUUCGCGCAAGCCACUUGCUGCGGCCUGGCAGACGCGCAACGGGGACAGGCUGUUCAGCGUGAACCUGCAACUGACUGCAAAACUUGAUAGUUCGACGACAGAGGGAAAUACGCGGCCGCCUAUCAAUGCAUGGGUCGCUGAGAGGAUGGAACAAGUUGCGGUAGUUGCUACCUUUUCCCAGUCGCUUCUCGCCUCCUCUCCUGAUGCCUCGCUUAUCGUUGGUGGCGAUUGCAACGAAUACAUUUACACUACCUCCGUCUUUGCUCCCCUAACUGCCCUCCUCUCCGAAGUGGACAGCAUCGCCACUCCCCCGGUCCCACCAGAGGAACGGUACACCUAUGUUUACAAUGGGGUAACAGAACAACUGGACCAUAUGUUUGUGAGUGCAGCGGUUGCGGGGAGGGGGGUGAGUGUGCAGCAUAUACACGUGAAUAACUGGGCAAUGAAUAUCGCAGAGAGGGCGAGUGAUCAUGAUCCAAGUGUCUUGGAGGUGAAAGUAUGCUAGAAUCACGAAUUUUAACUGGUGGACGAGUUUUCUCUUGAUUAGGGAUAUAAAUGCGAUGUCUUAGUUGCAGCUGGUAGUCUUUUCAGUAUUGAAUAUUGAGUGCUGGUUGUAAUCAUUCAUGGCCACGCCACCGUCGUGUACACGAAAGAUUAGAUAAUAUACGAUGAAAUAAUAUCAGACCUU